AAGCUAUUUAUAAAUAAUGGCUAAUUGUAUUCAUAUUUCAAAAGAAACUUAGUUGUAGCAAGGAUGAAAACGAUACAUUUUAUCUUUUUUGCAAUGCUUCUUAACUUUGUUGUGCCAAUUGAGCCUUCUAAGGAUGUGAAACAAAUUGGGGAAACAGAAGAAUCAAAGGCAAGUAUUAGGGUAGAUUGCUAUGCAUAUUGGCCAAGUAGAGGUGCAAAUUGGAAAGGUAGCGAAGGUGAAAAAAAUGGAUGGGGUGGCGGUGGAAAAGGGGAAGGAGGUGGAAAGGGGUACGACGGCAGUGUGUGGCAAAAAGAUAGGGGUUGGGGCACGGGAUGGUGGAAAGGUGGAAAAGGUAGUGCCGGUCAAAAUGUGGGCAAAGGGAGAUCAGUCCAACCCAUUCCUGGUGGGGGAAAUGGUGCCGGUGGUGGAAAUGUUAAGAAAAUUAUCGGUGAUGUAAAUAAGGGUGGUAGUGAAAAAGGGGACAGCGAUGGAAACUUCAUAGAACUUCUUGAUGAUGAAAACAUGACAUAUGGUGGAGAAGCAGAGAGUAGUGAAAAGAUUAGGGGCAUCGUCAAGUGUGGUGAAAGACUUCACAAAAAACUAAACACUUUUACAGUUAUGAUGUAUAUGUGCCAAAACAUAUAUAAAAUUAUAAUAAAUGUAAAAUAAAAGAUCCAAUUUAAAA